AUGAAUGAGGAUGGUCUACAUACUUUAGAUAAUUCCCCUGAACAUUCAAGUCAUCGAACUCUCAGCCUUGGUGAAAAGAAUGAGAUCUUCCUUCAGUGUACUCAAACAGAUAACAGAGGCCACCCUUUUGGCCUUGGAUCUCUUGUCGAGAUACUUAACAAAAGAAAAAGGAAAGAGAGUUAUGUGAGCCCUACAUCAACUGUUUUGGAUCUUCAAGAUCAACUUCGGCACAAGAUAUCUGAACACAAGGCUGAAAAUGCACGACGUGAUGAGGAGCAUUGA